UAAUCUUGGCCUCUUCUUCAUCAUCCUCCAUUAUUACUCAUCUUCAUAUCACUGGUGGUGGCUCAUCCUCCUCCAUAUCCACCAUUCUCUCUCUUCUGAAUCCUCAACAGAUCCACCACUCAACAACAGAAUCCACAUUCUACAUUGCUUUCUCUUCGUUCUCUCUCACAGCGCAUCAGAAUACUCACUGCCAUUAUCAUGGCCGCGUCUCAGACCAGACCCACAUGGUCCGAACUCAUAGGAAGCAAAAAUUGGGAAGGCCUUCUCGACCCCCUCGACCUCGACCUUCGAAAACUCAUCCUUCUCUCCGGCGACUUCAUACAAGCUACCUACGAUGCCUUCAACAACGACCAAAACUCCAAGUACUGUGGUUCAAGCCGCUACGGGAAGUCAUCUUUCUUCCAAAAGGUCAUGCUCGAGAACGCCUCCGAUUACAAGGUCGUCUUUUUUCUCUACGGCACCGCACGUGUCAGCGUCCCUGAAGCCUUUAUCCUUCACUCCCUCUCACGUGAGUCUUGGGACCGCGAGUCCAACUGGAUCGGCUACAUCGCCGUCACCUCCGACGAGGUCAGCACAGCCUCGGGCCGCCGUGAAAUCCACCUCGUGUGGCGGGGGACCACGAGGAAUUAUGAGUGGAUCAAUGUGUUCGGUGCUGCCCCUGUAUCAGCAAAAGUUCUGUUAAGCGCAGAGACAUUAAAGGACAUCAGUAGCAGCAGUGAUGGUGAUGAUGAAGAUGAGAAUGAAGGAAUGCCGAAAGUGAUGAGUGGCUGGCUUACAAUUUACACAUCGGACAACCCAAAAUCUCCAUUUACUAAAACAAGCGCUAGAACCCAAGUUUUAAAGAAGGUGAAUGAAUUGCUCAAGCUUUACAAAGACGAAAACCCAAGCGUGAUUAUAUCAGGACAUAGUCUUGGGGCAAGCUUAUCGAUUUUGAGUGCUUUUGAUUUAGUGGAAAACGGAGUCAAAGACGUUCCGGUGACAGCAAUAGUAUUCGGAUCUCCUCAAGUUGGGAACAAAGCAUUCGAUGAGAGGUUGAAGAAGAUGACUAAUUUAAAGGUUCUACACACAAGGAACGUGAUUGACUUAAUAACACUUUAUCCAGGCGGGUUAUUGGGGUACGUAGACACAUCAGGAACAGAGUUGAAGAUCGAUACAAGAAAGUCGCCGAGUUUGAAGGACUCGAAGAAUCCAGGUGACUGGCAUAACUUGCAGGCGAUGUUGCAUGUGGUGGCGGGGUGGAACGGAGCAGGAGGAGAGUUUGAGAUGAAGGUGAAGAGAAGCGUGGCUUUAGUGAACAAGUCAUGUGAGUUUCUGAAAGACGAAUAUAUGGUGCCAGGGUCAUGGUGGGUGGAGAAGAACAAAAGUAUGGUGCGUAGGGAAGAUGGAGAGUGGGUUUUGGCUUCACCAGAUGAGGAGGACAUGCCUGUACCUGAAAAUUGAAUGAACAGACUGGCUGUAGAGUUGUAGUUGUAGGGUCUGCCUAGUUCUAUUUGCUGUUAUAUCAUGGACUGUCUUUUGAUUGCCAGGUGUGUUUUUGUCUUUUUGACCUUUUGUUGUGACAUUUAUCCUUUCGCGUG